GAUAUAGUCAGGAGUGUGAUUGGUGGUCACUUGGUGCUAUUAUGUUUGAAUGUCUUGUUGGAUAUCCGCCAUUCUGUAGUGAAAACGCUCACGAAACUUACCGGAAGAUCAUUAAUUGGCGAGAACAAUUAUAUUUUCCUGAUGAUGUCCACUUGAGUGUCGAGGCCGAGGAUUUAAUUCGGGGGCUUAUUUGUGCACCCGAACAACGCUUGGGACGUCAUGGUAGCGAAGAGAUCAAAUCGCAUCCAUUUUUCACAGGAGUAGAUUGGGAUACCAUCCGUAAUAUUGAAGCACCAUUUGUACCUAAUUUGAAGUCUAUUACAGAUACUAGCUAUUUCCCUACAGAAGAUUUGGACAAGAUUCCCGAACAACCUCCUGUAGCUGAACGCCCCACUGGUGAAUACAAUCAAAAGGACUUGGCAUUUGUCGGAUACACUUACAAGAGAUUCGAGGAUUUGACAAGAAAGAAUGCUUUGUAG